UCCCUUUUGGUCUUUACACCACCUUAUUGUGACACAUUAGCAAUAUUUAUGAUUAGAAAAGUCAAGAGCUAGAUGAAAAGUGUGUUAAUAUUAAAGGUUUAUUCAUUUUCACACUUUUUUUUUUUUUCGUGAAAAACGGUUUGAAAAUAGCACCCCCCAUCAAUAUUUUGUAACCUUUGACCUGUAUUAUGACCUUGAACCAUUGUACUUGCAUAGUUCAAAGACCUAAGAUCAUUAAAUUGACCAUUAUGAACAUAAUCUAUGUGUUGCACUGGGUCAGCAAUCGAAUGCCACAAUUUUUUCCCUUAAAAAUCGAUAUUUUGUAACCUUUGACCUUUAUUAUUACCAUGACAUUGUACUUGCAUAUUUCAAAGUACAACUGUAAUAUGAUAUGCCACAUGUAAGAUCAUAAAAUUGCUAAUAUGGGAAAUAAUUAGUGCAUUGUACUGGAACAGUAGUUGAAAAACACGUAUAUUCCCCUUCGAUAUUUUGUAACCUUUGACCUCUAUUAUGACCUUGACAUUGUACUUAUAUAGCUCAAAGUUCUACUGUGAUACAGCAUCACACAUUUUAGACUAUUAAAUGGGAAAUCAUGAGCAUACUCAUGUGUAGUUUUGGGAUAACUGUGGAUAAGGCAGUCAUGGGUGAGUGAGGGCAGUCAUGGGUGAGCGGUUAGGGCGUCAGACUUGCAUCCCAGAGGUUGCCGGUUCGACUCCCGACCCGCCAGGUUGGUGGGGGGAGUAAUCAACCAGUGCUCUCCCCCAUCCUCCUCCAUGACUGAGGUACCCUGAGCAUGGUACUGUCCCACUGCACUGCUCCCCAUGGGGCGCCACUGAGGGCUGCCCCCUUGCACGGGUGAGGCAUAAAUGCAAUUUCGUUGUGUGCAGUGUGCUGUGUCAUAAUGACAAUGGGAGUUGGAGUUUCCCAAUGGGCUUUCACAGUUAUAAACUGGCGAAAAACGCAUGUUUUGGGGUGGGAUAAGCAAUUUCUUGGGUGGGGGGGUUGGAAGGUUUAAAAAAAAAAAAAAAAAAUACACAGCAGUGCUUCAAACAUGUGGUAGCAUCAGAAAAUCAGGGCUAUUGUGGUAGGCCUAUUUGGUAAUUACAUCCCCCCCCCCCCUAGUUUAAUGUGGCGAAAAAAAGAGUUGAAAACUCUAAAAUCCUUUUCACAUCCAUCGAUACCACAGUAAACCCAAAAAUCCGGGCUGCGACUAUGACUUGCAUUGAUAUGGCUUAAUAAAACUAAGACUAAGCGAGCGCAACAAAGACAAAACAAAUCCAACACCUCCAAGCCGCCAUGAUGCCAGUCAACUUUCGCUCGCAUUUCAUUCAUUCAUCAAUAUGAUUGAUCCUGACUGCACUGAAGCUGGCUGGUGACCUGCAUGUGGUGGAUCACUGGGGUGGAUAGUCAUUUGUAUUUAUUAUUUUAAAAGGAAACAUAUUCAGUUUCAUUUCACUUAAUUUAUUUUAAUAUGAUCAAUAUGUUGUUGUGAAAAACUUGUAAUAUGUUUUAAAAGGUCAUAAUACAUUAUAUUUUAUUCCCAUCCUCGGUUUACGUCAUCCAACGUUCCGACGUCAAUUGCGUCAGUGCAAGUGAGAGUUCAAGGUUGAGUUUCAAACCACGAGAGUACCCUCAUGUACUCUACGCAGUAGUAUUGGAAGACGAAGAAGACAGGCGAAGAAGCGGCUCAAUCAAGCCUGCCGCCUAACCUGAUGACAAUGGAUGGCUUUGAUGAAGCCACUCGUUCGGUAUUGGAAGCUGCAAGUGUUGACGAAUGCACCUUGAAAGCCCUUAGCCGAGAGGACUUGCAAGACCUUUUUCCUGGCCCUGAAAACUUUCUUAGAAGGAGAAGAAUUUGGGAUUUUAUCAAUGAAAAUUCUGGAAAUAUAGACCAAGAUUCAAGUGCUUGCAGUGAAUACAGGAGCAUGCCCUCAACUACUUCUGCGUCACCAUGCCAGCUUAAGACCUCCACUCCCACAUCAGAUGAGAAAAAGAUGAAGAUGCCAGACCCUCCAGAAUAUGUCGUUUACACGGACUCGGAGUUGGAUUUGGUACGGGCUCAAUAUUUUGCACUCCUUCAGAGUGGGAAGGAAAGAGGCUUCAAGAUGUCGAAGGAGCUGUGUUGCAGACUAAUAAGAAACACCAUAACAAGCAUGGUUGCAAUCCUUCGCGCAAGUCCGAUGGGAAAAGAAGCAAGCUAUCCCUCAAAGCUGGAAAUGAAAGUCAUGUCGCAGAAAAUAAUUGAGUACUACCCCAUGUUGCGUGAUACUGAUCCAAAUAUGCCACAUAUAGACUACUUAACUAGCAUUCUUUCACCACAGCUGACGGUCUACACAAAAAUGUUCAAGCGACUCCAGAAUAUGAGAUCCCCAUGCAGGAAGAGGCAGGGCCCCGUUCUUCUGAGAGGCCCAGCAAAGACUCUCUUCAGUGAAGACCAAGACAUUGACACGGAUUUGACAGACACGAGCGGAUCGGCUGAUACAGUCAUUCUUGAGAGCAGUGAAGACCUCAGUGAUGACAAUUGCAGUGCAGUGUCCCCAGCACGAGAUCCCCCGGUGCCAGAAAAGGCAAAGAGUGGCACCAAAGCAUCCAUUCCAUCAUCCAGGUCUUCCUCACCGGCACCCAGGACUGCAAUUGCUUCACCAACCAUGCCUGCGAAAGAUGUUGCUGCGUCCCCAGCACGAGAUCCCCCUGUGCCAAAAAAGACAAAGAGUGGCACCAAAGCAGCAAUUCCAUCAUCCAGGUCUUCCUCACCGGCACCCAUGACUGUGAUUGCUUCACCAACCAUGCCUGCAAAAGAUGUUGCUGCGGGUCUCGACAGUCUGAAGAUGCAGGCCAGACACUACAAAACCUUGAGCAACAUGUACAACAAGCCCAAUGCAAAACCCAAUCAAAAUGAUGUGGCGCAAAUUCUGGACCUCGAGUUCGAAGCCAGACGGGCCUUUAUCGAUUCAGAUGUUACCAAGGAAGAAGACCGACCUGCAAAAAUCCUUGAUGCAUAUCCAUGCUUUAAAGAUGUUCGAAACGCCAUGGAUGAACUACGGCGCAUAGUAGAUGGUACUAACCGCAGAUACAUCGAGGACGUAAGAGGAAGAUGGACAGAAUUCUGCACGAAGGUGCAGUUCUAUAGCGUGUGGAAGAAAGUCCUCAAACCCCCUUUUCCUUUGGAUGUUCGCAGUGUGGAUUUCACACUGGCCCUCUUCAAUGCACUGCCACCCCUCUUCCCCUCAUCCGUUUUGCCACCAAAGAAGCUCGCUUGCAGUGAGGCACUUAUUCAUAUCUUGAAGUCAAACGAAGACCCUGCCCUCUACCUGCAGAAGCGUCCUCUCUGCUCCCCAGUUCUGCUGUUUGAUGGCUCAACUACCAUUGUGGCUGUGGGUAACGUACCUGUUACAACCCUCAAGCAGGAAGAUUUUUCAGAGGGGAUGUUGGUGUUGAUGGCGUACUAUUAUACAUUGCACCUCACAUACCCCAAAUGUGUGGCAACCCUGCUCUCUGUUAUUCAAACGGAGGUCAUUGGUGACGCCCUCCAUGAUAAGGAUGCCACUAGUUCAUACAAAAAAGCAAUGGCCGAGUGGAACGCAUUCAUUGAGAAGUAAAUCUGUCAGUUGUUGAUUACUGAUUGUUACUAUUGCAUUGUUUUGUGUGUUUCACAAGUUAAUUGCUGUUUUUUGUAAUUAUUCAGUGGGUCUAAGGUGUUGGUCUUUGACCAAUACCCCACCGCAAAGUGAAAUUGAGGCAGUGGCUGAGUCACCGGGAAAACUCUCCUGCUCACUUUGAGUGGCUCAAUUUUACCUCCGAGUGGGGUAUCCCUUAAUAACGCCUGUAUUUCAGGAUACAAUGUUGGAAAAACGCUACCUCAUAAUGGCAGAAUUUAAUUUCCUUUUAUUACUGGGGUUCCAGUACAUCUAAGUUGUUUGUCUUAAACAUGUACCCCAAACCUAAGCGAAAUUGAGUCACUUGCUAUAGUCCCUCGAGUUGUGCAAGUGAGCAGAAAAGUUUUUCAGGUAACCCAGCCACUGUCUUAAUGUGACCCAUCAAAGAGCAGAAUAGAGAGCGCGCUUCUGAAGGUACAAGACCGGGUUAAAACAGUCUUUGUGUUGCCAACCCCCAUCACAGCAAAUAUGCUCAGCAAAGCAAUUGUCACCUAUAUUACCAUCUUAAAGUAGUUGAUGUACUCUAAGGUUACUAUUUCAAGGCUCAAUUUCACCUGGGAGUGUGGUAUACCUAUCCUGUAUUUCAGCAUACAGUGUUAAAAUGCUGCUGCAUAAGGGCUGAGAGAAAUGUGAAGAGAUUUAUUCAAAGCCUGUAUUUCAGGGUGCAAUGCAAAGCAGCAAAAUGAUCUCAAACGUUUUUGCUGCCAAAUUAAAGCUCGUUUUCACCUGGGAGUGGGGUAUCCCUUAAGUUAUACCCAUCCUGUAUUUCAGCAUACAAUGUUAAAAUGCUGCUUCAGAAGGACUGAGAGAAAUGUGAAGAGAUGUAUCAAAGCCUGUAUUCAGGAUGCAAUUCAAAGCAGCAAAAUGCUGCUUCGUAAGAGGUGGGAAUUGUGAACCCCACCCCAAAGUGAAAUUGAGACAGUGGCUGUUUCACCUGGAAAGCUCCUGCUCACUUAUCCAAGUCUAGGGACUUUAGUGAGUGGCUCAUUUUAAAUGGGAGUGGGGUAUCCCUUAAGAUUUUUCAAAUUCUGUAUUUCAGGAUGCAAUAGUGGAAAAUCGCUACUUCAUAAGGGCUGAGAAUUUAAUUUCCUUAUUUUACUGGCGUCGCAGUACAUCUAAGGUAUUUGUCUUAAACAUAUAGCCCAGUCCCAAACGAAAUUGAGUCACUCGCCAUAGUCCCUGGAGUGGCGCAAGUGAGCAGAAACGUUUUUCAGGCAACCCAACCACUGUCUGAAUGUGACCCAUCAAAGAGUAGCAUAGAGAAGGUCUUUUGAAGGUACAAGACAGGAUCUUAAACAGUCUUUGUGUUGCCAACCCCCAUCACAGCAAAUAAGAUGUUAAUAUAGGUGACAAUUGCUUUGCUGAGCAUAAAGUAGUUGCUGUACUCUAAGGUUAUGAUUUCAACCGUCUGCACUGCCAAAUUGAGGCUCAAUUUCACCUGGGAGUGGGGUAUCCCUUAAGUUUUACCUAUCCUAUAUUUCAGCAUACAAUGUUAAAAUGCUGCUUCAUAAGGACUGUACUCAAAGGUUACGAUCUCAAACGUUUUUGCUGCCAAAUUGAGGCUCGAUUUCACCUGGUAGUGGGGUAUCCCUUUAGUUAUACCCAUCCUGUAUUUCAGCAUACAAUGUUAAAAUGCUGCUUCAGAAGGACUGAGAGAAAUGUGAAGAGAUGUAUUCAAAGCCUGUAUUCAGGAUGCAAUGCAAAGCAGCAAAAUGGCUGGUUCACCUGGAAAGCUCCUGCUCACUUAUCCAAGUCUAGGGACUUUGGUGAGUGGCUCAUUUUAAAUGGGAGUGGGGUAUCCCUUAAGAUUUUUCAAAUUCUGUAUUUCAGGUUGCAAUAGUGGAAAAUCGCUACUUCAUAAGGGCUAAGAAUUUAAUUUCCUUAUAUUACUGGCGUCCCAGUACAUGUCUUAAGCAUAUAGCCCAGUCCCAAACGAAAUUGAGUCACUCGCCAUAGUCCCUGAAGUGGCGCAAGUGAGCAGAAACGUUUUUCAGGCAACCCAGCUACUGUCUGAAUGUGUCUGAUCUGUCUAUCCUGUAUUUCAGCAUACAAUGUUAAAAUGCUGUUUCAUAAGAACUGAGAGAAAUGUAAAGAGACUUUUUCAAAGCCUGUAUAUCAGAGUGCAAUGUUGGAAAAUGCCAACUGUGAUUUUGUGUGAACAAAGAGGAAAUAAUAAAUGUUAAAUAUGUUAACAAGUCAUUCUGGUUGUGUUUUUUUGUAUAUUGUAAAAAUGCUUUUAAGGUUUAGUUUUAGCAUGAAGACCGCCUCGUUUCAAGAUCAUCAUGGAUCUUGGUUUAAGACAGAAUUCAGUCUUUCUGGAAUACUGUACUCUACA